AAAUAAUGGACCCACGGUGCAAAAAGCCUCGCGAUUUUGUAGCAACCUAUAAAAAUUUAACCGAGGAAAUUCAUAAGAGAAACCGCUUACGUAUAAAAUGGUUUCAGAAGUAUGAAUGGUUAUUAGAUGAACACAAGAAAUUACAGAAAGAAUUAGAGAAAUUGUGCGAAGAAAAGCAAACGGUUAUUGCCACGGAAACGUUCGAGCGAAAAGAGGGAAAAACUUGUUUGCCAGCUCCGAUUACUACUAGCGGCGAGUACGGUUGGCUCGCAUCGAAACCAAAAUUUCAAUUGGAAAUAUAUGGAGCUUAUAGACCGCAAUAUCCCGAUCCUCUUAAAGAAAUAACGCCAUUAUUUGGAAAUAUGCCUACUCUUCCAGUAGGCAUAGGGUAUAUUUGGUAAAAUACAAGACGAAUAUUUAAAUAAAGAGAACGAUGAAGUUUCAAGCAA